UGCCCACCCCCAGCAGAAUUCUUUGCUUAAGAGGAGGCAGAUUUUCACCUACUGAAUAAGACUCUGGACUCGCAUUGAUGCUUCUCGGUGUUGUCUUGUGUACUCUCCUGUGCCGGAGUGAAUUUUAUGCCCGGACUGCCUGGUGACAGAACAUCGCAGUUGUACCGGUUUGGGAGCAAAAUAUGGAAUGUGUUUCACUGCUGACCGAAGGCAGCCAAAUGAACAGUAUUUAUAGUAGUUUGAAAAUCAGCAGUUAGCAGUUUCUUCACAUUCUAACACUACCCAGCACUUUCCAGAGAGAACUCAUUGUUUACAAGAAAUCUGCUUUCCAAAUCCGUUGCGGUGCCCUCCAGCCUUGACUAUUAACUAUUUGCAAAGGGGAAGCUAAUCUACGGUUUGGGGAAAGAUGGCAAUGGAUGAGUACCUGUGGAUGGUCAUUGUGGGGUUUAUCAUUGCUUUUAUUUUAGCUUUUUCGGUUGGUGCAAAUGAUGUUGCAAAUUCUUUCGGCACGGCUGUGGGCUCUGGUGUUGUUACUUUACGCCAGGCUUGCAUUUUGGCUUCAGUUUUUGAAACCACUGGCUCAGUAUUACUGGGAGCAAAAGUAGGAGAAACAAUUCGGAAAGGUAUCAUUGAUGUUAACCUGUACAACGAGUCUGUCCCACUGCUGAUGGCAGGAGAAGUGAGUGCAAUGGUUGGUUCUGCUGUUUGGCAGCUAAUUGCAUCAUUCUUGAAACUCCCAAUAUCAGGGACCCAUUGCAUUGUAGGUGCUACGAUUGGAUUUUCUCUGGUGGCAAUUGGCACGCAGGGUGUCCAGUGGAUGCAGCUUGUCAAGAUUGUUGCCUCUUGGUUUAUUUCCCCCCUGUUAUCUGGCUUAAUGUCUGGAGUCCUCUUUGUGCUGAUUAGAUUCUUCAUUUUAAACAAGGAAGACCCUGUGCCCAACGGUCUCCGUGCACUUCCAGUGUUUUAUGCUGCUACCAUAGCUAUUAACGUGUUUUCCAUCAUGUACACAGGGGCACCAGUACUGGGACUGAUACUGCCAAUGUGGGCCAUUGCUCUAAUAUCAAUUGGCGUGUCCUUAGUAUUUGCUGUCUUAGUCUGGAUUUUUGUGUGUCCCUGGAUGAAGAGAAAAAUAGAAAGCCGGUUAAAGAAAGAUGCUGCACUGUCAAGGAUAUCAGAUGAAAGUCUUGAUAAAAUUCAGGAUGAAGAAACACCAGUCUUUAAAGAGCUUCCUGGUGCCAAAGCAUCUGAUGAGAGCACGAUUCCCCUUACUGGCUCAGUAACAGAAGCUGCUGGGGCAUCAGAUACUAUUGCAAAUGGAAACCAUCCACGUGUACCAUAUGGAAGGGCAUUUUCGGUGACGCACACCUCAGUGAAAUCACCUGUUUCCAAUGGCACCUUCAGCUUCGAUGGCCACGUGAGGAGCGAUGGCCACGUUUAUCACACUGUGCACAAGGACUCAGGUUUAUACAAAGACUUGCUCCACAAAAUACACCUUGACAGGGCCAAUGACGAAAGGCCCACUCCAGAAAAUAACUACAAACUGUUACGACGCAACAACAGUUAUACUUGUUACACUGCUGCUAUUUGUGGCAUGCCCGUGCAUUCCUCCUUUAAGGCAGCAGAUACGUCAACUCCAGAGGACAGUGAAAAGUUAGUGGGAGACACUGUUUCCUACUCCAAGAAGCGAGUCCGCUACGACAGCUACUCCAGCUAUUGCAACGCAGUGGCUGAGGCAGAGAUCGAGGCGGAGGAAGGUGGGGUGGAAAUGAAGUUGGCCUCUGAACUUGCAGAACCUAACCGGCCCCCGGUUGAUCCUGUGGAAGAGGAUAAGGAAGAGAAAGACACGUCUCAGGUCCAUCUACUUUUCCACUUCCUCCAGAUCUUAACAGCCUGCUUUGGAUCCUUUGCCCAUGGAGGUAAUGAUGUCAGCAAUGCAAUCGGUCCCCUCGUCGCGCUCUGGCUUAUCUACGAGCAAGGUGGCGUAAUGCAAGAAGCGUCGACUCCUGUCUGGCUGCUGUUUUAUGGAGGUGUUGGGAUCUGUGUGGGUCUCUGGGUCUGGGGUAGAAGAGUUAUCCAGACCAUGGGUAAAGACCUCACUCCAAUCACACCAUCAAGUGGAUUUUGCAUUGAAGUAAUGUGUGCGCUAACGGUACUUGUAGCCUCAAAUGUGGGUAUUCCAAUAAGCUCCACCCAUUGCAAGGUUGGCUCCGUGGUGGCCGUUGGCUGGAUCCGCUCCAAGAAAGCUGUUGACUGGCGCCUUUUCCGCAACAUCUUCCUGGCGUGGUUUGUGACUGUGCCAGUGGCUGGCUUGUUCAGUGCUGGGGUUAUGGCGCUGCUGAGGUAUGGGAUCUUGCCUUACAUCUGAAGAGCUUCCUCUGCUGGGAAAAGGGGAAAUGGCCAAGCUACUACCGAGGGGAGAAGCGUUCCCGUGAAAGAAGCAGUCGGAGAGGAUCCAUCUUCCAUAUCUAACUUCUUAUCUACUGUACAUAACAAUGUGUCAUAUUGGUGACAUGGUGAUGUGGUGCCAUUUCUUAUAUAUUACAGAAAUAUAUAUGCAUAUAGUAGGUAACAAUACCUAAGUUAUAUUAUCAGUGGGGUGAAAAUAAUUACCUAGAAUUUAAUAUUUAGUAAAAUUUGUACAUAGUGUAUCAUUUUGGUGGCUAUUUUUUAAUCUUUUGAAGAAGAGUAUGGAUUAGGAAAUGUUUCUUGUCCAUUUGAUAUAAGAAGCGAGGUACAGGACUGCAUAACACAUGAAUUUUUUAAAGCUAUUAAGAUACUGGAACAAAAUAAAAUGUGCAGAAGUGCUUUUCAUAAAAUAACUUUGUUCAUAUCACAUUGAUCUUUGUGUAUCAUAGCGUGGUGGUUAUGGCUGUGUAAAUACUUACAACAGUAACUUUUAAAUGGUGCAUUUCCCUUAUAUAUUUUGGAUAAGAAAGUUUAGGAAGUACCAAAGAAGCAGGGGAAUAGCUUGCCAAUAUUAUGUUGUUGUCUACACGUGUGAGCGUGUGUUGUGUUUCCCAACCUCUAAUUCAGCAUUUUCACCAAGCUCCAGCCAAUGAGGCUGGGAUAGUACUGUUCAUGUCUUAAUGUAACUUUAAAAAAAAAGAAGCGCACACAAAAAAGUUAGCUCUUGUGACUUAGUAGGCAGACCAUGGUUCUCCACAUUAGCUGAUAGUAGACUGACUUCAUUUUGUGGGUUGAUACUUCAGUAUCUCACUGCUCACCUUCUACCUUCUCCCUUCAAGUCACAGCUCCGAGUUGCCCUCCUAUCAAUUCCUGUGGGAGAACAGAUCAUCAGUCUCCCCUUUUCCUGUCCAUCCAGCCACAAGCACACACUCUCAGGUACAGGAGUGGGACCGUGGCAUGCACGGCACCCCCGCGUACAGAAGCGAAGGGCAGCAGCUGUUAGGAAACGGGCCUAGCCCUGGUUUUGUGGUUGAAGGUAAUGGGCGCCCAUGGGAGUGCUGAUCCAUGCAGGGGAUAGCGUGAGAAACAACGGAGAGGAUGUGAGCAGAUACUGCCUCCCCCAUGGCAAGUCCCAUCCGAUGCCACAGCCAGCCAACCUCUUGCUGUGCUGCCAAUAGCAAGGAGGGGAUGGGAGCCUGGCCCUGCAUGGAUGGAGGUUGUAUGGUAACCAGCAUUUGGGAUGAGAUUUUUUUCAAGGCAGCUCAGGGGAAAAUGUCUAGCUGCAUCCCCUGCGUGCCUUUGGAAAGCACAUUUGAGUGAAGGUUACUGUUUUGUGGGUGGGAGGCAAAGGGCAAAGGGUGCCCGGAGGAGGCUGGGAAUCUAUUACUGUUUAAAUGCUGCUAAAAUUUUGAUAAAAUGUUCUUGGUACUCCAUUGUGACUUUUCCAUUGGUCAUUCAUACUAAAUUUAUAAUAAAAAGAUAAACAGCCCCUAUAA